CCAAACACGAGGCCGAGAGGUUACUAAUGACUGUAUUCUAAAACGGAGGACAUCAACUAGGGAAAAGAGCCGCGACCAAUUGACCUACUGGAAAGGCUUCUUGUCAUUCUCUUGUGAAAAUCUUGAUCUAGACUCACCUAGCGAGGACUACAUAUCCCAAGUGCCAUUGCGAGGGGCAACUCACCCACCUCCGGUAUAAACCGGAAGUCACUGACGCUUCAGACCAGUCUUGGUGGAAAUGGGCUGGAAGUUGGAUAGGUCUGGGAAAACUGCCAGGAGCGAUGUCUUGAUCCGCGCAAGUGUGGUCUGGCAUCCGUGAUAAGGACUCUGAAGCACAAAGGGGGCAAGUAAUCACCAGGAGGUGAAAGGCAGGAUUAAGAAUCAGCAAAUGAUGACUCCAGCGUCCCCCCACUUUUCUUGCUGUCAUGAAAUCUCCUCAGGGCCUGUAUAAGUCCUUAGGUUUUGAAUCCUGUACCUGAAGACACCCACAGGACACUGAAGCAGGAGAAGUAAAAAGAAAAAAGCCACGCCUCCCCCUGAGGAGAUGCAGAGCCUCAGGACUGAGCAGACACAGGGACUACUGCCUCGGGACAGCAAGGCCUGGGAGAAGCCAUGCCACUCCACCUUCCCCAAGGACUGGGAGGCUGUGGAGGUCGGGGCCUCCAGCUGUGACAGUGAUGAGAAAGAUCUGUCUUCUCAAGAGACUGGGCUGUCUCAGGAGUGGAGCUCAGUGGAGGAAGAUGAGGAGUCAGAGGAUUCUCAGGGCUUUGUGGAGUGGUCCAAGGCUCCACAGCAAACCACCAUCGUGCUGGUAGUGUGCGUGCUGUUCCUAUUCUUGGUUUUAACUGGGAUGCCCAUGAUGCUCCACAUUUAACUACCACAGAAGCCGCUGUAUGGAAGCAUAAUCCCACGUCACAUUAAGAAACUGUCCUGGCUAGAAACAAGGAAUGGAUACCGAGCAUUAAGAAAUGCCUUUCACAUCCAUCGAGAUGAGUUUAUAAUUACUUGUAAUUUAUUUAUCCGAAAGAUUUGUUUUAAUUAUGUGUCUGUGUGUAUAUGUGUUGUUGUGAGUGCAGUACCCGCAGAAGCCAGCAGAGGGAGUUUGAUCAAGCCCCUGGAGCUAAAGUUGUAGGCAAUUGUGAGCUGCCCGACAUGGGUGCUGGGAGCAGAGCUCUGGUACCCUUAACUGCUGAGCUGUGUCUAUAGCUUUAUGAGAUCCCCCCCCACCCCAUAAAACUUUUUAUUAUGAGGUUUCUGUAUUACUAAAAUUUAUUUAAAUGAAUACAUCAUUGAUCAUAAAAACAUUAUUUUGCACACUAUUGAGAAGUUGUGUAAGAAACUGCUGAGAAAGAAAAAAAUGUGAAUUAAUUGUAAGACAUUAUGAAUUGGAAGACAUCUCUUCAGAGAAGCUAAAAAAUGUGCAACUUAGGGUCAAUGUCAAACCAUCUCUGUCUUCUACAAAAUUAUCCUUGUACAAUUUAA